AUGGAAGGCCCUUUAUCGAAAUGGACCAAUAUGGUUCAUGGCUGGCAAUAUCGAUGGUUUCGUCUAGAAGAAGAUGCAUUACUAUAUUACACAUCCAGAGAAAAAAUGCUCAAAGGUCAACAACGAGGUUGCAUGCGACUUCAUGGUGCUGUCGUGGGUAUUGAUGGCGAAAAUAAUAGUCUCUUCACAAUCACCGUUGACGGAAAAGUGUUUCAUUUACAGGUAAGCAUUUAUGGAAAGUGUUUUGCAUAA